AUCAUAUACACCAGGGUGGCGCGGGGCGACUUUUCGAGCAGCAUUUAGCUUCGCAUUUCCCCCCAAUUCCUCCCGCCCAACCCACCGCCCAAAUCCUCUCAGCCACCCUCCGAUGGGCGCCGCCGCCAUGGCCAGCCCCGACGCCGACGACUUCGUCUCGCCGUCGGCAUCGGCGCCUCCCGCCCCGCGAGCGCGGGCCGACGGAGGCGUGUACCAUGUGGCCGGCGUGCCGGUGGAGUUCCCCUACAAGCCCUACGGGACACAGCUGGCGUUCAUGGGGCGGGUCAUCGCCACGCUCGACCGCGCGCGGCGGCAGGGGCAGUCGCACGCGCUCCUAGAGUCUCCAACCGGCACCGGCAAGUCGCUCUCCCUCCUCUGCUCCGCGCUCGCCUGGCAGCGGCACUACCCGCUCCGCUCCCCACCCACCGCGCCCGCCACUCCCCCCGACCCGUUCCUCCACGGCGGAGGAUUUGUCGCCGACGAUACCCAGCCGCAGGCGACGCCGGUCGUCCCGGUGAAGGCGGCCAAGAAAAAGAACGCUCCGACCAUCUAUUACGCGACGCGGACGCACGCGCAGAUAACCCAGGUUGUCCGGGAGUACCGCAAGACGUCGUACCGAGUGCGCAUGGCCAUCUUGGCCUCAAGGAAGCAUUACUGCGUAAAUAAGCUUGCUUGCAUGAGUGACAACAUUGAUGAGCAAUGCAAGUUGCUGCUAGACGACAAUGUUCAAGGUUCCUCAUGCUCAGAAUUCAAGAAUGCUCAAAAACUAAGUCGACAUCCAUCCCUUCAGAUUGGUGGCUGCUAUGAAGUUCAUGAUAUUGAGGACCUUGUCAGGGUUGGACGGAAAGUGAAGGGAUGCCCAUACUUUGCUGCACAACACAUGGCAGAAGCAGCACAGCUGGUUUUCUGCCCAUAUAACUACCUGAUUAGUCCGGUUGUCAGGAGGGCAAUGGACAUUGAUAUCAGUGGCUCAGUCAUUAUUCUUGAUGAGGCACACAACAUAGAAGAUACAGCACGUGAUGCUGGAAGUGUUGAUGUCGAUGAAGAAUCACUUUACUUGUUGCAGGCAGAACUACAAAACUUGGCCACUGAUGAGGCUGUUGCAAUGAUAUACCAACCCCUACAUGAUGUUAUUCAGGGUCUUAUUGGUUGGAUUUCUGAGCGGGAGGAUAAUCUGCAGAAUCACGAGUUUGGACAUCCAGCUUUAUAUUGGACUGGUGAAAAGGCUAUGAAAGAACUCGAGUGGGCUGGUAUUACUUCAACACACUUCUCGGUAUUGCAAGAAUGUGCAACAAAGGCAGUUAAAGCUGCUUCUGAUACCGAAUCAGAUGGAUCACACUUAAGUGGUGGUCGUGCUAUGAAACUAGAGAGUCUAUUCUCUUCAUUGAGCUAUUUUUUUGCUAAUAAUGGGCGUAAUUCAUGUGAUUAUCAACUUGCUUUGCAGCGUUUUGUUAAAAAGGAAGGCAAGGAUGAAAUUUCUUCAAAAUGCACAAUGAGUUUAUGGUGUCUCAAUCCUGCUGUUGUCUUUCGAGAAAUUGCGGAUUUAACACUUUCAGUAAUUCUGACAUCUGGCACACUUUCACCAAUGGGUUCAUUUGCAUCUGAACUUGGUGUCCAGUUUGAGGCUUGCCUGGAAGCUCCUCAUGUAAUUAAUGUCGAUUCUCAGGUUUUUGCAGCUGUUCUAUCAUCUGGUCCAACAAGACGUAAAUUGAAUGCUAGCUAUAAAACUGCGGACAAUUGUUCUUUCCAGGAUGAACUUGGAACUUCACUAGAGGAAAUAUGCAGAAUUGUGCCUGGUGGUGCUCUAGUGUUUUUUCCUAGCUAUAAGUUGUUGGACAAAUUACAAGUGCGCUGGUCUCAAACAGGUCAAUGGGCACGGCUUAAUGCUCAAAAACAUGUGUUCGUUGAGCCCAAGGGAAGUACUGAGGAACUCGAGCCUGUUUUAAAAGGAUACUAUGAUGCUAUUCUUGGUAAAGCUCCUGUCAAGAAAGGCAGAGGUGGUGCAAAACAGAUAGUGAAGAAUCGAUUGACAAAGAAUUCAUCACAGGAAUCUGCAAAAGCAGGAGCCGCUCUUCUUGCAGUUUGUCGCGGGAAGGUAUCUGAAGGGAUUGACUUCUCUGAUGACAAUGCUAGAGUUGUGGUUAUUGUUGGCAUCCCAUUUCCAAAUAUAAAUGAUGUUCAAGUAAAGCUGAAAAAGAGAUAUAAUGAUUCAUUCAAGUCAUCAAAAUGUUUGUUGAGUGGGAGCGAAUGGUAUUGCCAUCAGGCAUUUCGUGCUUUGAAUCAAGCUGCAGGCCGUUGCAUUCGUCAUAAAUCUGACUAUGGAGGCAUAAUUUUGAUUGAUGAACGAUAUCAGGAGGACAGAAAUCUUGUUUACAUUUCCAAAUGGCUUAAGAAUGCAAUCAAGAAGUAUGAUAGUUUUCAGGAUACAAUAGAUGGGUUGCAAAGGUUCUUUCAAAAUGCUGAGGAAAAAAUAAAAAUCAAAGAUCAUAACAUGUUCCCCAAGAUAAAGUUGGAAUCCGAAGCACUUUCAUCUCUCAGUGAUAAAAGAAAGCUGCCAUGGCCAGAAUUAAGUUUGUCAUACCACUCAGCACCGGAAAAGAAUCAGAAGGUAAAGACUGAAUGUCUUAGUCAGAAAGUUCCAUACAUUGAUGAAGUGGCAGCAGACCAAAAAAAGGUGGGUACGUGUUAUACGUCGCCAGAAGUAUCAAAAAUCUUGUCGAGAUCUUCUCUUUUAGUAAAGAAAGAGAUCUCUCUGACUCCCAACAGUCCUCAAAUAGCAUACCAACUGCCUGCCUGCAAAGUUCAAUCUCAUUCCGAAGGUGUAACUGAUACUGAGGCAAACUAUGAAGUCAAAACAGAAGUUAUCAAUAUUGAAGAGGAUGAUUUUAAAUAUGAAGUCAAAACAGAAGUUAUCAAUAUUGAAGAGGAUGAUUUUAAAUCUCGGUAUAAGAUGACAAUCUUAAAUCCAUUAGAAGGCAGAUUGCCGCAGUCUACUCCAGUUGAGGAAACUUCUCCAGUGGCUAGCCCCAGCAACUAUUCUGCAGUAAACAUCUCAGUGGGGAUCAACAAUCAAAAUCUUUCUUGUCUAUCCACAUCAGCAUCUACUCCUGAAAGAACCACCUACAGAGACUGUCAUGAUACUUUGAUCAACAGAAGUGUAAAUUCUCACUGCGAGAAAAAGAGAAGGUUGAGAUCCCCAAUGAGCUGUUGCACUUACUCAGAUCAUUCUAAUUCUGCAAGCAAAUCACACUGCCAUACUGAUUAUGCUGUUAACAUACUCCAUGGGGAGCUUAAUAGAAAUGCUGAACUGUAUUGUAAGAAUAUGAGCAUGUCAAGAUGUGAAAAUGUUGAGCUUGAAAGAAAAGUCACGGCAGAAGAGGUCUCAGAAAAGACGCCUAAGCAAAAAAAGCUUCUCAUUAGUUGCAUCAGAUGCAAAAGAGCUCUUGGUUUAGAACAAGAUGGGUUUCUUGUUACUUGUUCACAGUCUUCAUCAUCAAAAUUUUACUUGGCAUUUCUUUUGAGACAUGGACUAUCAACUAUUGGUUUCCCAGAGGAUGGUUUACCAGAAUCAACUCCAGCAGAGAUAGAACUAUUAGAGUGUGAUGCUUCUUCACUCAACCAGAAUAUCUUUGGCAAAUUUAGCAGCCAGGGUUCAUGUCAUCAUUCUGGUGUAUGGUCUGCCAAGGAUGGAUGCGUGUACAAGGCAGUAGCCUGUCCUUUCUGCUUUUCUGAAAAUGCAUGCGCCACGAUGAUCCUCGGUGUACAAGUUCUUGCAACUGAUAAACCAAAUCAACAAUUGGUGCAAAAGGUGCUCUUGUUCAGUGAGCGUUUGGAUGUCAAGCCUGAGCCAUCUAAGGGACAGGCUUCAAGGAUCCGGAGAGAUUUUAGUAACUCCAUCUCACCGCCACCAGUAAUGGACCUUGAAUCUUUUGCAUAUAAGCCAUUGAAGAAGGAUCCAGUGCCGCUGAACUCAAGAAGGUCCAAGGUCAGUUACUUACUGCCAUUGCUGUUAUCUUUUGCCGUUCUGCUCGUGAUCACUUUCCCAGAAUUUGAAGUGUAAUCAGCUAAGGUUACCUUCCACGAACAAACCCACAACUGGUACAUGAUAUGGAAGGUCCAUAAGAUCAGGCAGCUAUGACCUUUGCUACAAAGCAUUGAGAAGAACUUUGUUCUGUGAAACGCGGCGUGCAGGGAAAAGAUGCAGAUGUCAACUUGCCAUGCAAACAUCUACAUGGAUUAGAGCAGUCGUUCCCUGAGCUGAAUCAGGACGUAAAGUGCAUGGCCUGGCAGUAGGAUAGGAUGCUGAUAUGUACAUACAUCUUUUUUUUUAGAAAAUGUACAUACAUAAUUGACGAUGCCUCCGAGUGUACAUUUAUUAACAGUUUUUCAUUUCAAGAACUUCGUGCCCACAGAAAUUUCAAAUCAA